AUGGAAGAACCACAGAGCCACUUCCUACUCCCCCACUCGACCUCGUCGGAGCUCUCAGACUCCUCACCGGAGUCAAUGACUUCAGUCACGCUCGGCCGAGCAAUCUCCUCUCUCCUCUCCGCCCGCCCCAAAAAGCUACACGACGCCGUUUCGCAGCUCUCUCCUCUUCCUCCUCUCGCCUCCGUCUCCGGCUCCCUCGACGACUCGCUCCGCUUCCUCCACAACUACCUAAACGACGCCGCUCGCCGAAACGAGCCUCUCGAUGAAAUCCUCAUCCCUAUGCUCGAUCACUAUUUGAGGAACAAGGAUUCGAAGCACGGCGGCCAAGCUUUGGUGGUUCUGAACUGGCUAUUUCAAGAUGAAGUGAUUUUCCGAGCUGUUGCGACGGCGCUGGUUAGAGUGAUUUGGACCAAGGAUAAUCGGUUUGUUGUGCUCGGAUGGUGUACUUUCGUGCGUGGUGUAUUGGAGUAUGAGAGCUCUGUUACUCAAUUUCUGAUGAACGGGAUAAAGGAGAGGUAUCCUGAUUUGUUGAAGAUACUGGCUUCAUGUAUUCCGCAGCUCUCAGUUGUUCUGCACAAAGGAAGCACUUUGCAGGAUGGAUAUGAACUGCCCUCUCGCCUUGCUGUGUCUGCUGCUGAUUGUUUUCUGGCUCUCUCGGAAGCAUUGAUCAGAAAAGCUAAAGUUUCAAGUAACAAGGCAAAGUUAUUGGAUUCAAAGGCACAAAAGCGUCCGGUUGUGUCCCUUGAUGGUGGUGAAAAGAAAGCAAAGCCAGCUCCUGAAACUUUAGACGCCUCAAACAUGGAGUUGGACUAUAUACUUUGGGAUCAUUUAGAGGAAGUUUAUGGUCUAGUGCAGAAACUCGUUGCUUGGAGCAGAAAAAGCCGACCUUUGCAUGCCAAAGGAUUGGAACAAGUGCUUAAGUGGUUGCACGAGUUUAAAGGACAUUAUCGUAACGUGAAAGCUGAGGCAGGCUCGAAGGUUAUCAAAACUGGAAUGUUGCUACUGUCUUCUUGUUGGAAGCAUUAUGGCAUGCUAAUGCAUUUGGAAGAUCAGAAAUUUUCCCAGCAUUACAAAGAACUGUUGGACCAAUACUUAGCAGGCAUACAGUUUUAUGCAAGUCAGACUGAGAAUAAGGAUGGGAGUUCUGAGACCAUAAAGUUCUUUCUGAAUUGUUUAUGCCUUCUACUGGGGCGAUUUGAUAGCAAGAAAUUUGAGAGCGUAGUCGCCGAAUACGGGAUGAGGAUAUCUCAGGUUCUCUUACCACAGCUUCAUUCUGCUGCUGAUGAUGUUAUUGAAGGGGUUGUGUGUAUAUUCAAAGCAUUAAUAUUUAAGCAAAAAUCAUCUGGAAGCAGUCUCACUGACACCGGAGAGGUGGAUGCUGUGCUUCCGCUGCUGAUUCACCUUCUCGAUGAACGAGAUGGCACAGCAAGAGCUGUGGUUCUGCUUAUAGCAGAAUACUGCUUGAUGAGCAGAGACAGUCAGUGCCUUAAAGAAGUUAUUGAGCGUCUUACUUCUGAAGAUGUUCAACAGAGAAGAAAUGCAGUUGAUGUUAUAUCAGAAGUCAUACAUUUGUCUUCAGACUCAAAAAACGUACAUACCCAGCUAUCAUGGCAGGAUAUAGCAAAGCACUUGCUUGUGCUACUUGAAGAUGAAGAUAUUGCAAUUAAGGAACAAGCGUCCAGUUUGCUUCCAUUAAUUGACCCUUCAUUAGUUCUACCUGCUUUAGUUAAUCUGAUUUACUCUGGGGAUGAAAGAUUGCAAGCAACUGCCAGUGAUGCUUGUGUUGCGGUGCUCAAAUAUCAUGGCCAGAAGGCUGAAGUCAUUUGUAUGCUGCUUGACUGUCUUAGCAACCUCAGCCAAAGUGUAAAUCUUAACAGUACUGGAGGCACAGGAUCCAAAUUGGAGAGUGAUCGAGUGCUUAGGCUAAUCCCAGAGUGGUCUAAAAGUGUCCAAAGCUGGAACCUCUUGAUUGAACCACUGAUUGACAAGAUGUUUGCAGAGCCAUCAAACGCAAACAUUGUUAGGUUUUUGAGUCAUAUAAGUGAACACCUGGCAGAUGCUGCUGAUGUAGUGCUCUCUUGUGUUCUAAGGCAUGCUAAGCGACUUAAAGAAGUAUUUAAUGAUCUCGAUUCAGCUGUCAUGUAUGGCCAACUUGCCAAUAAAGAAAUUGUUCAUGACUGUCGAGAUAUCAAUGCCAUCAAUCUGGAUUCUGUUACUGCUCUUCUUUUGAAAAGGACAUUUUGCGAGUUUGAAUUCAACGAUGUUCGGAAACUUGCUACUGAGCUCUGUGGGCGUAUUCAUCCUCAAGUGCUAAUUCCACUCAUCAGCUCCCACUUAGAAUACGCUGCUGUUUCUCAGGAUAUAAUGAAGAUUAAAGGUUGUUUGUUUGCAAUUUGCACGUCCCUUGUGGUUAGAGGUCGCAAAUCACUUUCUCAUCCUGGUAUGUUGAUAAUUAGAAAAACAUUAGAGACUAUGCUAAUAUGGCCUUCUGUGGAUGGGGAUGAAGUUUCCAGAAUACAGCAUGGAUGCAUUGAUUGCAUGGCAUUAAUGAUAUGUGCUGAGCUGCAAGAUCCAAUAUCAUCUAACAUUGUUGGGACAAAAAAAUAUCUUGGCGAUGGUACAUUGAAAAACUCUGUCCUCACCUACGUGAUCAACCAGCUAACAGAAGAUAAAGACACACCUGUUUCAAAGUCCAACUUGGAUGAUGUGAAAUGCACGACUGAGGUGCCAGUUCCAAUCUCAUUUUACCUAUGCAUGGCUAAUGUUCUCAUCAGUGCUUGCCAAAAGAUAUCAGACUCUGGCAAGAAACCUUUUGCUCGAAGAUCUCUUCCCCGUCUCAUUCGUGCCGUCGAGGUGAUUACAAAGUCAGAGAUCAGAGCUGCAUGCACUCAAGUUCUCUUCUCAGCUGUGUACCAUCUGAAAUCUAUAAUUCUUCCUUACUCCAUGGAUCUUCUUAAAGUUUCAAUCAAAGCUCUUCAAAAGGGAUCAGAGAAGGAAAGGAUGGCAAGCGCGAAGCUAAUGGGGUCCCUUAUGGCUAGUGAUGAUGCAAUCAUACAAAGUAUAUCAGCGGGAUUAAUAGAAGCAAGAUCUGUACUGUUGAGUAUUUCUUCGACAGAUCCUUCACCUGAAGUACGUCAAGUCUGCAAAAAGUUGCUAGCAUGCCUAACUUCUUGAGAUGGUGCCUAGGAUUAUAGACACUGCGCUUUGUUUUUCUUUUCGAACUGGAUAAUUUCGUGGGUAGAGGUUUUAGGGUGGGAAGAAGUCACCAUGGCAAACUGAGGAGAGGAGGUAAAAGAUG